UGUGACCGCCGUUUGCGCAUCUCUGAAUCUGGCGCUCACAAGUUUAAUCAAGUUGCUGUUUUUUAAGUCAAAUAUAAGCUUUUUAAUAGUUCCCUUCAAGCGGAUUCCGUGAAAUUGUUUAUGUUGUCGAGUAGCAAGUUGGAGAAUUCAAGACCAACACUAAAAGGCAGGAUACAAACGGAACGGGUGGCGUAAUCGGAAACGUCAUACUGCCGCACGGAACAAAGUCUAAACAGGAAAUACUAGCAUAGCGUUGCGAAAUUCGGGCCAACUCCACGUAGCCUAAAUAUGCCCAUAGAUACGCGCGAGUUGAUGGAGGCGAUAGCCAUCGUAGCGGACGAGCGCAACGUCCGCGUCGCCGUCAAGCAGUCCGGCAAGGGAGCGGCAAUCUGCGCCGCCUGCUCCUUUGCGGGUGGCAUGCUCCUGGGCCCCGUUGGGCUGGCGGUUGGCGGGGCCGCCGGCGGAAUCGCCGCCUACAAGAUGACAAGCGGCACAUUCCGUCCGCUGGGCGAAGUCAUCCUAAACGACCUGACGGACGCACAGCGAGAGCAGCUGGUGCAGCACGUAACCAUGGCCGUGGCCGACAUACAUCCCACCGACGUGGUGAUGCUGCUGCCGCUGAUUGUCCAGAACGCCUCCAUUCAGCAGGCUGUGCUUAACACUGUCAUGUCAUUCGUGACCAACGAGUUGCGCAUGCAGAUUGUGGACUGACCUGCUCUGCGGGCAAGUGGGCGAUGGCCAGGUAACUGUAGAAUUUGGACGGCUAUCUCAGUCGAAACCUUUGUGAUCAGUGUAGGUUUAUUUAUAAUAAUAAAUACUUUAUAUGUAC